AAUGGUGUCUGCAGCAUUUGCUGACAGACCUCUCAAGAAGUUGUGCCUAUUCGACGUCGAUGGCACACUGACGCCUGCGCGGCAGGCUGUUUCUCCAGAGGCGCUCGAGACCCUUCGCGAGCUGCGCAAAAAGCUCGUGAUUGGGUUUGUUGGAGGCUCUGAUUUGGUCAAGAUCACGGAGCAAUUGCAGACUGGGACUUCGAACGUUCUCGACAACUUUGAUUAUGCGUUCGCUGAGAAUGGUCUGACCGCGUUUAAGCUUGGUAAACCUUUACCAUCUCAGUCGUUCAUCGACUUCCUCGGCGAGGAGCGUUACAAGCCCCUCGUGAACUUCAUUCUUCACUACAUCGCUGAUCUUGACCUACCAAUCAAGCGCGGAACCUUUGUUGAAUUUCGUAGGGGCAUGAUUAAUGUUAGCCCCAUCGGCCGCAACGCAAGAAUACAGGAGCGAUACGAAUUUGAAGCUCUUGACUUGAAAAACGGUUAUCGAAAAGCUUUCGUGAACAUGCUCAAGGAGAAAUUCCCAGAAUACGGCUUGACUUAUGCUAUUGGUGGUCAGAUAUCUUUUGAUAUCUACCCUAAUGGCUGGGACAAAACAUAUGCCUUAGGCCGCGUCGAAGAUGAGCAAUUUGAAGAAAUACAUUUUUUCGGCGACAAGACAUACAAGGGAGGCAAUGACUACGAAAUCUAUACCGACCCUAGAACGAUUGGGCACUCAGUUGAGAACCCUACUCAGACGAUACAACUUGUGAAGGAACUCUUCUUGAGUAAGUA